CCCCCCGGCCCAGCGACAUGGAGACGGUGGGAAAGUUUGAGUUCAGCAGAAAGGACCUGAUCGGGCACGGAGCCUUCGCCGUGGUCUUCAAAGGCAGGCACAAAGAGAAACCUGAGCUGGAAGUAGCUGUGAAAUGCAUUAACAAGAAAAACCUUGCAAAAUCUCAGACUCUGCUGGGCAAGGAAAUAAAAAUACUUAAGGAACUGAAACAUGAAAACAUCGUUGCUUUGUAUGACUUCCAGGAACUGGCAAACUCUGUCUACUUGGUUAUGGAGUACUGUAAUGGGGGUGACCUGGCAGACUAUCUUCACACCAUGCGGACACUUAGCGAAGACACCAUCAGGCUCUUUCUCCAGCAGAUAGCGGGUGCAAUGAAAAUGCUGCACAGCAAAGGCAUCAUCCAUCGGGACCUGAAACCACAGAAUAUCCUCCUUUCCUAUACUGGAGGCCGGAAAUCAAAUCCCAACAACAUUCGCAUAAAGAUCGCUGACUUUGGGUUUGCACGGUAUCUGCAGAAUAAUAUGAUGGCAGCAACGUUGUGUGGUUCACCAAUGUACAUGGCACCAGAAGUCAUUAUGUCUCAACACUACGAUGCCAAAGCUGACCUCUGGAGUAUAGGAACCAUCAUUUAUCAGUGUUUGACAGGAAAGGCUCCUUUCCAGGCCAGCAGCCCACAGGAUCUUCGCCUCUUCUAUGAGAAAAACAAGAUGCUGAUGCCGAACAUCCCCAGGGAGACAUCAAGCCACCUGAGGCAGCUGCUGCUGGGUCUUUUGCAGCGUAAUUAUAAGGACCGCAUGGACUUUGAUGAAUUUUUCCAUCACCCGUUCUUGGAUGCAAGUGCCUCUAUGAAAAAAUCUGCUUCUGUGCCAAUGCCUUCUUACCCCAGUUCAGGCUCCGGUAGUUCCUCCAGCAGCUCCUCUACUUCCCACCUGGCAUCACCUCCCUCCCUUGGAGAGAUGCAGCAGCAGCUGCAGGAGAAGGCGCUGGCGUCUCCUACCCAGGAUUCCCCCGGCUUUCUGCAUGGAUCGAAGGACUCUGCUGGAAGCAGCAGUAAGAAUUCGUCCUGCGACACAGAUGACUUCGUUAUGGUCCCAGCACAGCUCUCAAGUGAUUUGACUGUUGAGGCUGCAGGAGGGAAACCGAUCCAAGACAGUCUGAUGUACAGCGGGAGUUCUCUGGUGACUUCAGCAGGCUUGGAAAGCCAGGGAAGGACACCGUCUCCUUCACCCCCAUAUAGCAGUUCUCCAAGCCCGUCCAGCCGGCCGGGUCAGUUCUCUAGCAGCAAGUACGGACACUCUGUGCCCAUUCCGGUCCCAACGCAGAUUCACAACUACCGGCGGAUUGAGCAGAACCUGCAGUCUCCCCACCAGUACGCCUCUCCACGGUCUGGUACGGUCCGGAGGUCUAGCAGUACAAGUCCUCUUGGUUUUCCGAAAACUGGUGCUUCCCCUCCUUACCCUGGAGAGCAUGGAUCUGUGCCCAGCUCUAGAAAGCUCUCGUUUGGCGGUGCCAAGCCAUUUAUGCCAUCACCGCAAGUUGGAACAAUCCCAGAGCAGCCCAGCCAGACUGUUAUCCCAUCCUCUCUUGGAGCAGAAGUGAGAAGCCGGAUGCCUGUCACUGGUUCCUCAGUGCCCGAACACUCUCCUCGAGGGAUGGGCUCCCGGCUCCACAGUGCUCCCAACCUGUCAGAUUUAACUAUAGUGGGCUCCCCGACAAAGGCUGUGUCCCCAUUUGAGUUUCCCAAAACGCCAAGUUCCCAGAAUCUCCUCACCCUCUUGGCCCAUCAGGGGGUCAUGAUGACUCCAACACGGAACAAGACCUUGCCAGAUCUGAAGGAGAUGGGUCAUUUCCACUGCCAGCAAACUGGCUUGGGACUGAGGCCUGUGGAAGAGAUCAAGGGCAGAUCUCUGAGCACAGGCAGGCUCACUGACCUGCUUCUGAAGGCAGCCUUUGGAGCGCAGAUCUCCGAAGCUGGCAGCAACGACAGCCUGAACAACGAGAAGCCGAUGGAAAUUGCAGCUCCCUCAGGUGCUUACGGAGGGACCCUGCACUCUGGUGCCCGGGCUGGGGGCUCUGCCAGCCCAUCCCCAGUGAUUUUUACUGUCGGAUCCCCUCCCAGUGGAACAACCCCCCCACAGACCACGAGGACCAGGAUGUUUUCAGUGGGGUCUUCCAGCUCUCUCAGUUCUGGAGGCUCUGUCACUGGCAGGCACUUGGCGGUGGGAACUGGUGGUGAUGCUGUGGAAGGCCCCUCGAGUCUCCGGUAUGCUUUUGCUGAUCCGAUCACCGCCAACCUGGAAGGUGCUGUUACAUUUGAGGCCCCAGAGCUGCCCGAGGAGACGCUCAUGGAGCAAGAGCACACUGACAUCCUGCGCAGCCUCCGCUUCACGCUGGCCUUUGUCCACUACGUGAUGGAAAUUGCCGCCCUGAAAGGCAGCUCCAGCGAGAUGAGCAGUUCAGUCACCUCUGAGUACCAGCUCCAGGAGAGCGUGGUGGCCGACCAGAUCAGCCUCCUGAGCCGGGAGUGGAGCUAUGCAGAGCAGCUCGUGCUGUACCUGAAGGUAGCGGAGCUUCUGUCCUCGGGGCUGCAGAUGGCCAUAGAGCAGAUCAAAGCUGGCAAGCUGUGCCUGUCCUCCACCGUCAAGCAAGUUGUGAAGAAGCUGAAUGAGCUUUAUAAAUCCAGCGUAUCAUCCUGCCACUGCCUUAAUAUGAGGCUCCAGAGGUUCUUCUUGGACAAGCAGAAACUCAUGGAUCGGAUCAACAGCAUCACCGCAGAGAAGCUCAUCUUCAGCUAUGCUGUGCAAAUGGUGCAGUCUGCAGCCCUGGAUGAGAUGUUCCAUCACAGAGAGGACUGCGCACAGAGGUACCACAAGGCUCUGCUGCUGAUGGAGGGGCUCCUGAACAUCAUCACUGAACAGGGGGACAUAGAAAACAUCAAUAAAUGUAAACUGUGCAUCGAGCGCAGGCUGUCAGCUCUGCUGUCGGGGUUCUGCGCCUGAUUUCACUGUUCUUGUUCCUCACGCACUUCGCCCCAGCUGAUCACUUUGUUUCCGAGGGCCUGCUGCUGUGGUGAGAAACGAUUUUGGCAGUGGGAGACCUGGAGGAUGAACUGCUCAACGUUUCGUAUUUUGACGUUUUGGGAAGUUGUUCCACAGACUCGGAUUCCUUCGUGGGAAUGUGCGACUGCAGCAAGCACAAAUACUUCCCUGCCCAAAGGCCUGGGUGAAGACGUAGCUGAUGUGGAAGGGUUUCCCUUGUUGGCAGAGGGGACGAAGGAUGGAAGUCUGCUUCUUCCCAGCACUUUGAAGGAUAAGACUGCUGCCUAUCCCUCUU